UGGACAGAUUAAUGGGUCGGAUGCGGCCCAAUCAACUCAGUCAGAACCGAUAAUUACCCGCCAAGCAACAAGUUUACAAUUGGACGGUUUAGAUGUUCAGAAAUUAGGGCAAAAAUGGCGGGAGCUACGACAUCGUCCUGUAUCUUCUGUCAGAUUGUUCAAAAUUCCACUUCUACUACUCUCCUUCACUCUGAUGACAAGGUCGUCGCAUUUCAAGAUAUCAAACCCGCUGCUUUCAGGCACUACUUGGUGAUUCCUGUUCAGCACAUUCCAACUGUCAGAGACCUUCGGAGGAGCGAAGAGGACUACACUUUAGUGAGACAUAUGUUAACUGUUGGGCAAACACUGUUACACCGAGAUGCUCCUCAAUCGAAACACUAUAGAUUUGGCUUUCAUCAGCCUCCUUUAAACAGUGUUAACCAUCUACACCUUCACUGUUUGGCGUUACCCUUCACACCUAAGGUUCGUGCAUCCAGUUCUUGUAUGAUAGUACUUUAACCUACACGCCACUACUCCUGCUUCAGUUUCAGGUAAUAAUACUUCAUACUAUUAUAUCUUAUGUAUAAUCUAGAUGCUGAACUGAACACUAAUAUUAUUCAUGAGAAAGGCAUAAUCAGUCUAUUACUGGCUACGGCGCUUAUGCUCCCACUAGUAAUUUAUAGAAAUACUCGAAAGGACUUUAAACAUCUGAUGGCAUCCGUUUCUAUUCCAAUUUCUCUACGUAUUACAUCUUCAUUCACCACUAUAUUGUGUUUUUUUGCACCGAGAUAUCUAUUCCACUGUAAGUAUUUAGAUAGGCUUGUUCACUUGAACUUUUACCUGUAAACACUUAGAAAGAAGCACACUCGGCUUACAGCUAUAUGACCUUUGCCCGUAGAUAGUUAGAUAUAUAGUUGCAAGGCAUAUAUGUGUGGUUUACUGACAGCUACUCCAGAAAUUGGAGAAAGACUAAAUAUGCCUUCAGCUGCACUUGGCCAAUUGGAUUUAUUUUGAGCUCUAAAUAAAGUGAAGCUAUUGAAGUUGUAUUCUUUUAAAGUAAAUUGUCUAAUAGAAGGUGAUAAUCAUUGAUCAAACAAGGGAUUAAGUCUCCAGUGAUAAAAGAUCUGUAAUUUUGAAAUGCCUGAUGUCAUUUAAGCUUAUUUGAUGUUAGAAGAACACAAUAGCUAUUUUCUUGACAUAAACAGCUCACAUGAUCUUAAAUUACAUAAAAAAGCCAAUGUGGUGAGCUUUCAAAAAUUAGAACAAAUCUGGUGCAAUUAGGACUACUAGGAAGUCCUAUAAGGUACUUUUUUUAAUCAUGGCAUCAUAUCUGCAAAUGGUUAUUUUGGAGGGUAUAUUUUUUGAAGGCAAGAGUGGACCUUCUGUCCGAUUGUGCAACACUAGUAAAGUGAACACGUACGGCAAAUAGAAUGUUAUAGGAAGCGAGACUUGAAUGCACACACAUGACUGACUAUUUGUUGACUUAUUUUUUGUGGUUACUUACAGCUCUUUUUGUAUUUGUAAUCGGUUUGAGAACAUCUUGACGAUAUAGCCUGAGUUGUGAAUGCCUAGUCAGGUUUCUAUCAUAUCUUGAAGCAUGAAUAGCUAGUUUUAUGCUGAUGGAGUUUUUUUUAAUGCAAAAGGUUGUGAAUUUACUUUCAACUUAGAUUGAGAAGGGGCAAUUUUUGCAUUAGUAAUGCGCAUUGAGUACUAACAAUGACUUGUCAGCUGUCUAAGUGUUUAGUAGAUUGACUUAAGAAACUUAGAGUUGGUCCACAUGAUUAAUUAUUCAGUUAGAUAUUGAAUUUUUAGACAAAUCCCUGUUUUUGAUUCAGGAAGGAAUAGUUUUAAAUGCACUAUUAUAUAUUAGGAAAACCAGUGCACUAUAGUUUACCAGACAUAUGAUAAGAUAGGUGUACCAUCUAUUAGGUAAAAUCACUUGCUGGAAAAGAAUCUGCUAAAGCUAUAUGUUUAUAAAAUUAUAGUUCUGUUGGCCAAUAAGAGAGAACUGUU